ACAUCAUCAAUACUCGCCACGAAAGCAUGGCGAUUCUACUGUCAAGUAGUGGAGGAGGCUAGCAGAUUUAAGGUGUUUCUCGGACCUUUAAGGUGACUUUUAGCGAUUCGCAGCGUACUCAAGUGCUUUCACUUCCAUAUUUUUGUCGUUUAUUCACGUUUUUCUUCUUCUCAGCUAACUCUUGGAUGCUAGCAAGCCCGUUAAGCAUCAGAAUGCAGUCCGUGAAGGUCGGCUAUUUGGCUUUGGCUGCGUCGAGAGCUCUCGGCACAAGCAGACUUUAUUGUUCAGAGUUUGUUAAAGUGUCUGCUUGCUUUUCUGUCGGCCAGACUCGCUUUUGUCAAACGGGAGCGACGCCAGAAGAGAUCGUAGUUAUUCGUGUUCCUCGCUACCUGCAGAAGCGCGUUGAAAACGUGAAGCAGACUCGCGGUAAAAACAAGAUCCACACCAUCAAAGCUGGAAAGCUGCUCAUCCAGAGUAAGAACCCAAAUCUGAACCAGUCUGCUGGAUUCGUCCUUGGGAAGUUCGAGCAGCCCAUUCUCAGCACGAAGGGAUGGAAACAUAACAAGUCAUUCGGUGACUAUUUCACUAUUAACAACGUUAAACCUGUUGCACCCUGCGUUGCUGAAAUCCAGAAGGAGGACAACGCACAGAAACCGUCAGUGACGUUUAAGAAACUCCACAUCUGCAAGGAGCUGGUGGAAACUUUGGAGAGUGACAGCAUUACCCAACCCACCACUGUACAGCUGCAGACCAUCCCAAAGGUCAUGAGAGGUCACAACAUUCUUUGUGCUGCAGAGACGGGUAGCGGAAAGACACUGAGUUACCUCCUGCCUGUUAUUCAGAGACUGCAGGCUGAGAAGGAGGCAGAGAUGUAUGCUGAGGGCACACACAAGGUUCGCGCUGUGAUUCUCGUGCCUUCCAGAGAGCUAGCCGAGCAAGUGGCGGCUGUGUCCAGGACUCUGUGUGCUCCGUUUGGCCUGCUGACAAGGACUGUGGGUGGCGGGCGAGGUGUAGGACACAUCAAGAUGGUCUUCAAAAGGGACAGUCCGCAUAUUCUAGUGGCUACUCCAGGUGCUCUGGUCAAGGCCCUGCGAAGACGUUGCCUGGAUUUGAGUGAGCUGAACUUCUUUGUGGUAGAUGAGGCUGACACUAUGUUUGACCCCAGCUUUUCUGAUAUGCUGGAGAACAUCCUGCAGCACACAAACAUUGCGCGAGAUCCCAAGGAAACACACGGCCUGAGUCAUAAGGCCCAACUCCUGGUAGUGGGGGCAACUUUUCCAGGUGGUGUCGGAGAAGUGCUUAGCCAGGUGACGGACCUCGGCAAAAUGGUGGUUAUCAAGAGCAAGAUGCUGCAUUUCCUCAUGCCCCAUGUCAAACAGACAUUCUUGAAGGUAAAAGGAACUGACAAAAUCCUGGAGCUCAAUCAGGCCCUGAAGCAGAUGCAACAAGACAAAGAAGGGGGCGCUGCUCUAGUGUUCUGCAACAAGUCCACCACCGUCAACUGGCUGGGCUACUCACUGGAAGAAAUGGGGGUUCAGCAUGCACGUCUGCAAGGGGAGAUGCCUGCAGCUGUGCGUGCUGGAAUCUUCCACUCCUUCCAGAAGGGCAUGGUCGAUGUGCUGAUAUGCACAGACAUUGCUUCACGAGGCCUGGACACAACCAGAGUGCGUUUGGUUGUCAACUAUGACUUCCCUGAAUCUCACACGGACUACAUCCACCGAGCAGGGAGGGUGGGGAGGGCGGGAGGGGUGGAGGAUGGGCAGGUGCUCAGCUUUGUCACCCAUCCAUGGGAUGUAGAGCUGGUGCAGAAGAUCGAGACAGCUGCACGUAGGAGAACUAGUUUGCCAGGGAUGGAAUCUGAAAUACAUGAACCAAAGCCCAAAACAGUGAAUGCAGAGGAGUAAAUGUUUUGAGUGUUUGUACUAAAGUGUCAAUAUCUAAAGAUAUAUUUCGAACCACAGCUAUGAUUAAAAUAAAAUACAGUAUUCUGAUA